GUCCGUGGGGUCAUAGGUCUAUGGUGCGUGUGUCAUUCAGCAAGAAACUUUGUAACUAUACUUGCUUAAGUUUCCACAUAAAAGAAGUAUCCAAAACUUUUGGGUUUCGAAACUUAUCCAGCAAGAGGGGCGAGCAUCAGUGGAGAUGCAGACCCUUGUGAAGCCCCGCUGGGGCGCACUACUCGUGGUGAUCGCCUGGCUGGCCGUUGGAGUCAAAGUGGCUAGAGGAUCAUCAAACGUUCGUCUUCGAGACGGAGGGUCCAUCUACGAAGGCCGAGUGGAGGUCUACGCCAACGGCCAGUGGGGCACCGUGUGCGACGACCUUUGGGACCUGAACGACGCCAACGUGAUCUGCCGUGAGCUGGGCUUCGGAGCGGCCCUGACGGCGGCCUCGCACGCCCAGUACGGCCCCGGACAGGGACCGAUACAACUGGACGAUCUGGGAUGCACGGGGCAAGAGAGCUCUAUCUUUGACUGCUCGCAUGCUGGGGUACAGCAGCACAACUGUGGGCACUCGGAGGAUGCUGGGGUGCAGUGCUCGGAGCCUGCAAAUGGAGGAGAUACGGACGACAACGUCAGACUGGUCAACGGCCCAAACUCCCACAGCGGUCGCGUUGAAAUCCGGCUGAACGGUGUUUGGGGCACGGUGUGUGACGACAUGUGGGACAUGCAAGAUGCAGUGGUGGUGUGUAGAUCCCUGGGCUACCCCGGGGCUAGCUCGGCCCUGGUGCGGUACGGUGCCGGCACCGGGGCGAUCCUGCUGGAUGAUCUGAGGUGCACCGGGCAGGAACAGAGGUUGGAGGAUUGUCAGCAUAACGGUGUGGGAACCCAUAACUGCGGUCAUUAUGAAGAUGUAGGCGUGGAUUGUUUGACUCAAGCAGAUCCAGUGGUCCAAGUGCGCCUCCAAGGCGGAACGACAGACAACGAAGGCCGUCUAGAGAUCAACCUCAACGGUGGGACCUGGGGCACGGUCUGUGAUGAUGGAUGGGGGAUGGAGGAGGCACAGGUGGCCUGUCGUAUGCUAGGCUUCCCCGGGGCAAUAGCCGCGAGGUGGGCCGCGUUCUUUGGCCAGGGGAGCGGUGACAUCUACCUGGAUGACGUGCAGUGCGACGGGUCCGAGCAGUCGCUGCUGAAAUGCACCUACGUGGAUCGGUACAGCCAGAACUGUCAGCAUAGCGAGGAUGCGGGCGUCGUGUGCCAGCCACUAAUUCGCCUCGCCGGUGGGGAUCGGCCCAACCUAGGCCGGGUUGAGCUGUACCACGAAGGAGCUUGGGGUACAGUCUGUGACGACCAGUGGGACAUCAAUGACGCUGGCAUCGUGUGUCGUCAGCUGGGUUACUAUGGAGCGAAGGCCAGUGUGGGUAGUGCUCGCUUCGGCCCGGGAUCUGGGGACAUCCUCCUGGAUCAGUUGGGGUGUCUAGGAUGGGAGAGUGACCUCUUCGGAUGUCCACACGGGGGGCUGGGGAACCAUGACUGUCAUCAUGGGGAGGACGCUGGAGUCAUCUGUAACGUGAACGUUCGUCUGGUUGACGGUGCGUCCAGCAAUGAAGGCCGUGUGGAGGUCUACUUUCACGGCGAGUGGGGUACAGUAUGCGAUGAUGGAUGGUCGCUGGACAAUGCCCGCGUGGUCUGCCGUGAGCUCGGCCUUGGAGAUGCCCAGGAAGCCACUCAGAAUGCUCGCUUCGGUCCUGGAACCGGGCACAUCUAUCUGGACGACGUUGGGUGCUCUGGGAAUGAGGAUACCCUGAUAGAGUGCAGUCACCUAGCCAUCGGGAUCCAUAACUGCAUGCACUCGGAGGAUGCUGGCGUCAUAUGCCAAGCACAAGAUUCGAUUCGGCUGAGUGGCGGAGACAACAAUCGCGAGGGCCGUGUGGAGGUUUUCUACAACGGCGUCUGGGGCACCGUCUGUGACGACUCCUGGGAUCUGAACGAUGCCACGGUAGCCUGCCGUCAGCUGGGCUUCACGAGCGCCCAGUCCGCGCCGACCGGGGCCCACUUCGGCCAGGGGGUGGACCCGGUGUACCUGGAUGAUGUGCAGUGUACGGGGAGCGAAGCUACGCUGAUGUCUUGCGAGCAUUCCGGCAUCGGGCAGCACAACUGUGGUCACGGGGAAGACGCGGGCGUGGUUUGCAACUCCCAAGUUGGACUUCGUCUUGUCGGCGGGAUUUCUCGCAACGAAGGGCGGCUGGAGAUCUUCCUCAACGGCGCCUGGGGCACGGUUUGCGACGACUCGUGGGGACUUCAGGAUGCGAGAGUAGCGUGCCUUCAGCUCGGCUUCCCCAAUGCUCUGGCCGCCACGCCCGGCGCGUCUUACGGGAGCGGCACAGGACCAAUUCUGCUGGAUGACGUAGCCUGCGUGGGGCACGAGACCGACCUGAGCAGCUGCCAACAUGCUGGUAUCGGGAGCCAUAACUGUAACCAUGACGAGGAUGCAGGCGUGGUUUGCUUGCCAUCGGUUCGUUUGGUCGGAGGUUCGAACUCCAAUGAAGGACGCGUGGAGGUGUUCUCUGAAGGCACCUGGGGAACGGUCUGCGAUGACGGCUGGGAUGACGACGAUGCAACCGUCAUAUGCCGGGAGCUGGGCUUCCAAGCCACGGCCGAAGCCCUGCCACAGGCUGCCUUCGGCCAGGGACACGGGCUGGACAUUCUCCUUGAUGAACUGGCCUGCCUGGGUGACGAGGAGACGCUGUUGAUGUGCCAACACAACGGGCUGGGGAAUCACAACUGCGGGCAUAGCGAGGACGCCGGUGUCCGCUGCGGUGUAGCAGUCCGACUGGUCGAAGGUUCAAUGCCCAGCGAGGGACGAGUCGAGCUCUUCGCCAACGGUUACUGGGGCACGGUAUGUGACGACGGGUGGGGCCUAGUCGACGCAGGAGUCGUGUGCCGUCAGCUGGGCUUCAGUAGCGCCCAGGAGGCCACAAUGUCGGCUCGAUUCGGCGCGGGGACCGGGGAGAUCCUGCUAGACGAUGUCAGUUGUAGUGGCGGUGAGGAGCGGCUGACGGAGUGCUCGCACAAUGGGAUCGGCAUGCACAACUGUAACCACGGGGAGGACGCCGGCGUGGUUUGCAAUGGGGUGGCAGCGAACAUUCGCCUGGUCGGCGGGUCGGGGCCCUACGAGGGUCGGGUCGAGAUCUUCCACAGCGGCCGCUGGGGCACAGUGUGUGACGACAACUGGGACAUGGUGGACGCGGCCGUGGCUUGCCGUCAGCUGGGCUUCACGGAGGGGGCCGAGCAGGCCACCACAGGGGCCCAGUUCGGUGCCGGUACGGGGGACAUCUGGCUUGACGACGUAGGGUGUAGCGGAGACGAAGCUAUGCUGACAUCCUGUCCGCGCGCGCAGACUCACAACUGCGGUCAUCACGAGGAUGCAGGGGUCGUAUGCUCCACACGAGCACAACUCCGUUUGGUGGGCGGUCCCACCUUUAACCAGGGGAGGGUGGAGAUCUUGCACGAUGGUGUGUGGGGGACGAUCUGUGACGAUGAGUGGGACAUCAACGAUGCACAGGUGGUGUGCCACCAGCUGGGAUUCUUCGAGGCCUCAGCCGCCCACCAGCACGCCGGCUACGGUCAGGGCACAGGCCCCAUCUUCCUGGACAAUGUCCAGUGUCGUGGGGAUGAGACGGACAUCAUGCUGUGCCAACAUAAUGGCAUCGGUCUCAACAACUGCGGUCACUCGGAAGAUGCUGGGGUGUCCUGCGUUGUUGCGAUUCGGCUGCAAGGAGGCAACAGUCCAAGCGAGGGGCGAGUGGAGGUGUUCGGCCGUGGCGAGUGGGGCACCGUCUGUGACGAUCACUGGGACUUGCAAGACGCGCGCGUCGUCUGCCGUCAGCUGGGCUACCCUGCCGCCCAGUCAGCCUGGAGCUCGGCCCACUUUGGCGCUGGCACGGGCCGGAUUCUCCUGGACGAGGUCCAGUGUGAGGGGUCUGAGGAUUCUCUUGGGGAGUGUCUGCACUCCGGACUGGGAACCCACAACUGCGGGCACAAUGAGGAUGCCGGGGUGACCUGCAGCGUGAACGCCAUUCGUCUCGUCGGUGGCACCUCGCCCUUGAACGGCCGCGUGGAGAUCCUUGUGAACGGCCAGUGGGGCACAGUGUGCGAUGACGGCUGGGGAAUAUCGGACGCUCAGGUGGUAUGCCGUGAGCUGGGCUACCAGAACGCCCUGGAAGCACCCACCAACGCACGCUUCGGCGCCGGCACCGGUAGCAUCUUCCUUGACGAUGUAGGCUGUACGGGACGCGAAACGGAGCUCCUCAGCUGCCCGCAUCGGGGAGUCGGCACCCACAAUUGUGGUCAUUCAGAGGAUGCUGGUGUGGUGUGUUCUAAUGCCAUUCGUCUCGUCGGUGGCACCUCGCCCCUGAACGGCCGCGUGGAGAUCCUUGUGAACGGCCAGUGGGGCACGGUGUGCGAUGACAGCUGGGGAAUAUCGGACGCUCAGGUGGUAUGCCGUGAGCUGGGCUACGGGGACGCCCUGGAAGCACCCACCAACGCACGCUUCGGCGCUGGUACCGGUAGCAUCUUCCUUGACGAUUUAGGCUGUACGGGACGCGAGACGGAGCUCAUCAGCUGCCCGCAUCGGGAAGUCGGCACCCACAAUUGUGGUCAUUCAGAGGAUGCUAGUGUGAUGUGUUCUAAUGACAUUCGUCUCAUCGGUGGCACCUCACCCUUGAACGGCCGCGUGGAGAUCCUUGUGAACGGCCAGUGGGGAACAGUGUGCGAUGACGGCUGGGGAAUAUCGGAUGCCCAGGUGGUUUGCCGUGAGAUGGGCUACCAGAGCGCCCUGGAAGCGCCCGGCAACGCACGCUUCGGCGCAGGGACCGGUAGCAUCUUCCUUGACGAUGUAGGCUGUACGGGACACGAGGCGGAGCUCAUCAGCUGCCCGCAUCGGGGAGUCGGCACACACAAUUGUGGUCACCAUGAAGAUGCCGGUGUGGUUUGUUCUAAUGGGGCGGGUAUCCGCCUGGCAGGCAGUCAGAGCGCCACAGAAGGCCGGGUGGAGAUCUCCCACAACGGGGAGUGGGGCACGGUCUGCGACGACUCCUGGGACGACAACGACGCCGCGGUGGCCUGCCGUCAGCUGGGCCUCUCGGGCGCGCACGGCGUGGCCUACCAAGGGAACCAUCACUCCUGGGGUGCUGGCAGCGGGUCCAUCUGGCUGGACGACGUGGUUUGUAGCGGUAGUGAGGCUUCGCUGUGGGACUGCACUCAUCCUGCGGCGGGCGAGCACAACUGCGGCCAUAGCCAGGAUGCAGGUGUCAGCUGUUUUUAUGAUGUAAUAUUAGGAAUCCCAUAACACUCUUUGGAAGGUCGGACAGAUCUUCUCAGAGAACAUUAAUGACUUGACAGUUGGCUCAUUCUCUACUUAGUGAUCUUUAAAAUAAUUUUGUCAAAGAUCUUGAUCCGCUUAUUCCUUUUUUACAAAUUUCGUUUGCAUGUAAGUUAGCAAAAAAAAAAUACAUUGUGAAAAAGUGAAUUGAAUUGUAUCGUAGGUGAAAUGCUUGACAUUUUGAUUCAUUAUGUUACUUGCUGUCAUUUUUUUUAAGGGGGGCAAAUUUCAAGAACCACGCUUUGCAUCGAAACAUAUCUUGCUUUCCAUUGAAAACAUAUUAAAUCUUUAGCUAAAAAAAUAAUUUGUAAUGCAUGCAUUCAUUGCAACCUAUUGAUUUUAACUGAAGUUUUUUUUUAUUAUUGUGUUAUGGUAUCAUGUUCGAUAAAUACUUAGUUUAACAGGAGA